GCAGCCCCGAGUGGGUUCCUCCCACCUCAUCUCCUGUCCCCUGAAUGACUUUUUUCCCCCAAGCACUUGUCGAGGAAAUGUGUCCAGCCUGGAUUCCCCACCCGUCCAGAUGUCGCUUGUCUUUUGCUCAGCUCCAUAAAAACCAGAUCCAUCCAGAAAGCGAGCGGGCGGCUCACUCCGGACUCUGAACGCAGAGCAGCGCGGGCGCCCGGGUCCGACCGUCUCCAACCCGCCCUGGAGCUCCGCGCUCCCUCCAGCUUAGCCGAGGACACCGCCGCUCGUGGAGGCACUUGGAGCUAAACCCGAGACAGGCUUAAAUGUUUACCUGGAUACUUGGCGACAGCUUAGAGAACACAAAAUGAAUAAUUCAACAAAUUCCUCUAACAAUGGCCUGGCCCUGACCAGUCCCUAUAAGACAUUUGAGGUGGUCUUUAUUGUCCUUGUGGCUGGAUCCCUCAGUUUAGUGACCAUUAUCGGGAAUAUCCUAGUUAUGGUCUCCAUCAAAGUCAACCGCCACCUCCAGACCGUCAACAAUUACUUUCUGUUUAGCUUGGCCUGUGCUGACCUCAUCAUUGGUGUCUUCUCCAUGAACUUGUAUACCCUCUACACUGUGAUUGGCUACUGGCCUCUGGGACCUGUGGUGUGUGAUCUUUGGUUAGCUCUGGACUAUGUGGUCAGCAAUGCCUCGGUGAUGAACCUGCUCAUCAUCAGCUUUGACAGGUACUUCUGUGUCACAAAACCACUCACCUACCCUGUCAAGAGGACCACGAAAAUGGCAGGCAUGAUGAUUGCUGCAGCCUGGGUCCUCUCCUUUAUCCUCUGGGCCCCAGCCAUUCUCUUCUGGCAGUUCAUCGUGGGGGUCAGGACUGUGAAGGAUGGAGAAUGCUACAUUCAGUUUUUUUCUAAUGCUGCUGUAACCUUCGGUACUGCCAUUGCAGCCUUCUAUUUGCCUGUGAUCAUUAUGACUGUGUUAUACUGGCACAUAUCCAGAGCCAGCAAGAGCAGGAUAAAGAAAGACAAGAAGGAGCCCUUGGCCAACCAAGAUCCAGUUUCUCCAAGUCUUGUACAAGGAAGAAUAGUGAAGCCAAAUAGCAACCCCACUCCCGGCAGUGAUGACGGCAUAGAGCACAACAAGAUCCAGAAUGGCAAAGCCCCCAGAGAUGCUGUAAAUGAAAACUGUGUCCAAGGGGAAGAGAAAGAAAGCUCCAAUGAUUCCACAUCAGUCAGUGCUGUCGCCUCAAACAUGAGAGAUGAUGAAAUCACCCAGGAUGAAAAUACAAUUUCUACUUCCCUGGGCUAUUCAAAAGAUGAGAAUUCUAAGCAAACAUGCAUCAAAAUAGUUACCAAGACCCAAAAAGGUGAUUCAUGUGGCCCAGCUAAUACCACUGUGGAGGUCAUUGGUUCUUCGGGUCAGAAUGGAGAUGAGAAACAGAACAUGGUUGCUCGUAAAAUUGUGAAGAUGACUAAGCAACCUGCUAAAAAGAAGCCCCCUCCUUCUCGGGAAAAGAAAGUGACCAGGACAAUCUUGGCUAUUCUGCUGGCUUUCAUCAUCACGUGGGCCCCUUACAAUGUAAUGGUACUUAUUAACACCUUUUGCUCACCUUGUAUUCCCAACACAGUGUGGACAAUAGGCUACUGGCUCUGUUACAUCAACAGCACCAUCAACCCUGCCUGUUAUGCCCUCUGUAAUGCCACCUUUAAGAAGACUUUUAAGCACCUUCUUAUGUGUCAUUACAAGAACAUAGGCGCCACCAGGUAAAACUUUUUUUUUUUUUUUAAAGAAGGAAGGUGACCAAGAGGAUCUUGAGAAGAUGAAAGCAGAAAAUAAAGAAGAGUUUCUGAUUUAAAACCUCUGCCAUUGCACUUUAUGGUCUUUUUAUGGGAUGUGAAAUUCAGGAGUCCAACAGUGACACUCUUGUGCCUCUGCUCCAAUUCUGAAAAACUUGCACCUUAAAACUCUGUCACUUUAGGAGCUGUGAGACCAUGAAAGAGACAUGCUAGGAUGGGAUAGAAGGGAAGUGCUACGCUUUCUCAUACUCUCUUGAAGAAGGGCUUUAAAAUUCCCAAUUUUGUCAGUCUGCACAAGAGGAUAAUAUCUCUUCUUUGCUUUUUCCAUUUAUUUUUUUUUUAAGUUUUCGUUUAUCCAUAUGAAGAUGAAAUGCCAUCGUUUUCAGCUAACGUGGAGACUUAGGCAGAAGGAAU